AUGCUUCGCUCACCUCAGCCACGCCUUCCGCAGCAGGUUCCUGGCGGGUACCCGCCGCCGCCCCAAACUCAACAGCAAAGGUCAGUGACUGCGCAACCCCCCGCACAAGCAAAGCAGCCGCAGCAGAUGGAGCAUCAGGAUGUGGUCCACGAUACACAGUUUGACUACUAUGGGCAGCUCCUUGCGACUGCAAGUUCCGAUCGCACUGUAGGCAUUCAUGUUGUCCAAAACGGUCAGUUGCAGCGUAUUGCAACCCUUACGGGCCAUGAAGGGCCCGUCUGGAUGGUAAGUUGGGCGCAUCCUCGAUUCGGCAUUGCGCUUGCCUCCGCUGGCUAUGACCAUAAAGCAAUUAUAUGGAAAGAGGUGCCUCAGGGUUCGAAGCAGUGGGCCCCAGUACACGUUAUUGACUGUCAUCAUGGUAGCGUUAACGCUGUGAAUUGGGCCCCGGAAAGCGCGAUGGUAGCAACUGCCAGCAGCGAUGGAACCGUGGCGGUGACCACGUAUGAGGGUGGUGUCUGGCGUGAGAGCUUAAAGCUCAGCAACAAUAGCAACAAUAUUGCCCAUGCGAUGGGGGCGACGAGCGUUUCGUUUGCACCUGUUUGUCCUGCAUUGAGUGAUGUUACACUGUUGGUUUCUGGAGGCUGUGAUUCACACGUGCGAUUGUGGUGUCUACAUGAGGCAAAUCCAACGGCACAUUCCUUUGAACUUUUGGACGCUUUGGACGCUCAUACCGAUUGGGUACGCGAUGUUGCAUUCUCCCCUCUCUGCGCUGCAACGAGGCACGCCGUCAUCGCCUCUUGUGGACAAGACAAGAGCGUUAUCAUCCACCGCAAGCCAUGGGAUCAAAUAGAGGCUCUCAUUCAGGAAAAACGACAGAACACUAGUGGAAGUGGGAUGCAAUUGCAGUCAAUGAAGGAAGUUGGCGGCACGUGGGAACGCAGUGUGGUGCUUUUUGACGAACCGGUGUGGCGCCUAUCAUGGUCCCCGGCAGGGGAAAUGCUGGUGGUGACAACCGGCGACUCGGAGGUGUAUGUUCUUCGCGAAAACGGAGAGUUCACGCAGCCGUGGCUGAAAACGCCUCUCAGCGAGUAUCAAGAACAACUGCAGUAG